AUGGAGAGGCCGGAUCUUAAUCCGGAGCCGCACCUCCCUGAGAUGAUUUGCUGCUGUGGACGAAUCGACUGCGCUCUUCUCAAGAAAAACUGCAGCAUUCUGGAGACAGUGGAAAAGGAUGUCCAUACUGCUGCACAACUCGGCCAGGCCCUGCUCGCCCGACAUGAAGCAUAUAUGGCCGACGCCGAAAGAGAUCGUCUUGGUUUUACAUCCCGGAUAGAGCAUCUGGAGAUGGCUAAGCAGGAGCUCGAGGCCGAGAAUGCCCUGAAAAUCGAGGAAAACAGGAACCUGCUCGAUCAGCUUGAGCUGCUCAACAGUUCCGUUUCCGACUCCGACACCAAGAUCAAAGCCCUCGAAGCAAGUUUGCUUUCUUCCCAGCAAGCCGUCCGACGACUCGAAACUGCCGCCUUACGAGCCGAAGAUGCUGAGCGUCACAUUUCCCUCUUGGAACUUGAACAAGAUGACCUCUAUCACGAAUUGAGGACGAGCAAGGAAGAUGCUCGAUCACAUGCGCAGCGUUGCAAGGAAGCGCAGCGUGGUAUCAUGGAUAUGCAAGAUCAACUGGAGCGGAUGGAGGAAGAGGCCCGCGAAGAGCGGGAAAGACAUGCCGAAGUGGUUGGGCGAAUGGCCCGGCAACGUGAAGUUGAAAAGCAACUCAACUCGGCCGCAGGCCGUCUCAAAGAUGCAGCUGCAUCUAAGACACUGCAGAACCCAAAGCCUGGUAACCCUGUCGUCAAUCAUUUUGUUCGAGAUCUUCUCCAGGACAAUGCCAACCUGCAGUUGGGCAUGGCUGAGCUACGGGAGAUGCUUCUCAACUCCAAUGAUGAGAUACAGUCAUUGCGCGAACAGCUUGUGACCCAUCAGCCUCUUAUCGAAAGUGGCACUUCGACACUCAAGGACGAACUGGAAGCUUACGAGCCUCCCACUACCCCUCGUGUUUCUCAAGAACUCCAUAUCCAUCACCAUUACCACGUCACACCCAAGGUCGACAAAACCAAGAUCAGGAGGAAGCGUGCAAGCCUAAACUCGAGUAUCUUCUCCGCGUCAACGGCCUCUGGCGCUUCCACGCCCAGAAACUCAGGACGAUGGAGUUUGGGUCCUGCCUUACCCGCCAUUGGCCCAAUGAACACCCAAGAGCCCAGCUCUGUUAUCUCAAUGCCCAAACAGAGAUGGUCCAUGCUUUCGGAACAACCUUCUGAAAUGGCGUCGUCAGUCCCCAGUUCCCCACGAUCAAAUGUACGGAACUCAAUGUUCGACUCCACUUUUGGCGACAGCGAUUAUCCCACAUCGCCCGCGACUAGCUUUGACCCCAUGUCGCCUACCUGGAGGACUCACCGCAAAGGUCCAUCAGACAUGUCAGCCUUCAGCCUUCAAGCACCCUCCCUCCAACUUGACCCAGGCACACCACCUCAGAAUGCACGUCAAUUCAACGAUGAUGUGAUUCAUGAGGAGGAUGAAGGGGAACAUGAAGAUGGUAUGUCUCGCACUGAGACUCCGGACCUCGGAAAUACCCCGUCAAUUGACGAGAGCUCUAUCGUUGAAAGCUCCGAAGACAACAGAGAUGAGUUCAUGCCACGUCCAAGAAUUCACCGGGCCCUGUCACACGAAUCCAUCAUGUCUCUUUCCGGCGGUCUUGACAUUCAUACACUCAAGGCCCGACCAAGCCAGCUCACACUUCGACCACUUGGUGGUGCUACGGCGGUUGUCACGGGCGUUAUAGCACAGCCCACACUUUCUCGGGGUGCAGCCAAGCGUAGUAGUGUCGCUCUUCGAGACAAUUUCGCUGGCCUUCCCGGCAACAGAGUUAUAUCCAACCCUAUGAACAGGCCUGGAUCACACAGGUCUGUAUCACCUGCUCCUUCAGACACUACCCAAGGCAGUGCAGGAGGUAUAGGAAAAUGGGUUGGUUGGAGACCAUGGGCCUCGACUAAUAGCGAGAAUAACCCCAAACCUGCCGACAAAGAGAAAGACAAGAGCCUCAACCGGACGCCGGGUAUCAACCAGCCCGGUUCUAUUCCUGGCUUUCAUCAAUAUUGGGCGGCAUAA